AGACUGCAUCCUUAACAGAAACUGCCUAUUGGCCCUGGUGAUGACUCCUGAGCUGAAGUCUUGAAUUAGCAUGGUGGUUUCCCUGUAGGUACGCAGCAUCUUCCGCUCCAGGUGAAGUUAUAUAUCAAUGAAUGCAAGCGGGAACAAUUAUGGCAAGAUCGGUAGUAAUCAACUUUGACAUCGCCCUUUUCACCAAGAAAUAAUGAAUUCAGGAAAUCAUGAUGCUGUGCCUAUCGAUCAGAUCAUCACCUUGGCUGAAAACAUUCGACAGCUGCCUCUCAAGCAUCUCCUACCACACUCGUCACAGUUGCAGCGGCUCCUGGCCAUCACAGAAGAGAUCAAUACAGCAGUCACCCAAGCGGUAGUCAGCCAUGGAAACGAGCAUUCCAGUCACAUAAUCGCCCCAUCCUCAUGGAAUUCCCCACGCCCUUCGCAACCAGCACUUUCGCCAAGCGUCACCACGCCUCCCACGGUAAAACGAUCUCGACAAGUGAGCGCUGCUCGCGCUUUGCAGGCCGCGAGUGAGAUCGCCCCUGUUCUCGCCCAAGCUAUUCGAAGACACACAACGACGCAGCUCGAGGAAUGGUGCAGACUCCCGAGCGACGUCCGCGCUUUGCAUCUACAGCCCAUUCUGUCUUACCAAAACGAGAACAAGCACAACUCCAUCGACGCUGCGGAUCGCCUUUUGAUGGCCGCCUCCUGUCAAUCGCUCGCUCUGGAUUUCGCCUUGUUUGAGCAAAGCCAGGGUUGGACUUCGAAGCACCAAGUCCUGCUCAUGCAGCUGCUGAAUGGCGAGUCUCUCGCGGUACAACGGCACGGUCACCACCACGGCAAUUUCUUCGCGAGUCUGGGAGACGUGGGAAGCCAUCGGGAAAAGUUCGACGCUGGGCUUCGCCUUGGGACGAAAAUGAGGAUUAUUCAGAACUGUGCCCAGGCCGCGGGCCUGGGUUCAACCCUUGGACUACUGUUGGCUUACGAAUGUCGGAGCUUAAGUCGACUGCCGUACCGAGAAUUCUCGGAGCUCCUCACUCUCUUACAGGGACCGAGAGAAAAUUUGCAGACCAUUAUCGAUUUUGCGAACGAAUUUGAUGAGUGGUGGCUUGACUUUUCUAACAAGUAUCACUCCAUGCACGGUCGGCACGCUGUGUUCGUCGACUGUCGGAAUUCCAAUACGUCUCAGCCGGAGCCUGAUCUACUACACAUGUUUUCCUCUCCGGUCAACUUUGCCGGCUCGACCAUCUCCGACCGUUCCUCUGUGCCGUCAAUACCUGAGACAUUCGACAGCGGCAUCGGCAGAAGCCCCGCGUUCGAUUCUGGCGAAUAUGCUGGUAUGGAGGAAUUUCUUGGGGGCGAUCCGGCUGGGGGCACUGCCACCUUCAACGAGUGGUCCGAGGGUUGUAUCAAUGUAUUGUAAUAAUGUCACUGGGUAUCAUAAUUUCGUAUAUGCCUUCAAUUUCAUUUCCAAUGGAC